AUGGACCCGCGAAGAACUUCUUGGUCUUUCCUUUCACCACCCAUAAAUUCUCUCCGUAUUCUUAGAAUAUGUAGAAAAAUCAUGUUUCAGUUAAAUAUUUGGAACUCGCAUUUGACACAUUCAGCUAUCUACAAUAACUUUUCGGCUCUGGGAAAGAGACCCAGCGUUAACAAACGCUUGGCCAAAUUAAAAUGUGGGCUUGUAAAUGCAAGGUCCGCUGUCAACAACGCCGCUUUUCUGAACGACGUCAUAUGUAAGGAAAAAAUUGAUAUCCACGUCGUCACCGAAACCUGGAUACCAUCCGAUGCCCCACGAGUUCUACAAAGUUUGUCUCUUUUGGGUUACUCAGUUUGUCAUUCUCAUCAUGGUACUUCCAGUAACAAACGUGAAGGCGGCUUGGCUGUCGUGUACAACAACUUACUGAGGGCAGCACCCAUCAACAAUAAGCACAACAUUGUGUGCUUCAACUCAACGCUCUUCAGACCACCAUCGACAAUCAUCCAUAGCUGCCGUCGCAGCUUUCGUCGUUUAAAUUACAGGUCAUUCGAAAAUGAUUUAAACAGAGCAUUUGAUUAUUUGUUCUCACAAUAUUUGGAGGUCGAUGAGUUUGCGUCAACUCUAAACACAACUUUAAAUGACAUCGCACAAUUAAGCAUUGCUCGUUUCGUGAGAGUUUCAACCCUCGCUGUUCUUUAUCCCAAGAAGCAAUAG